AUGAACUUUAGCUGUACACCACCAAACAGUUCAUCUUCAAUUGCUUUUGACGACUUAGUUACUCCACCAUUAACAACACCAAGUAGCUACAAGUAUCAAUCUCCACCCUCAGCCGGUACAUUGGAUACACCUAACUCCUUCAUGAAUUUCUCAUUCCAACAACAACAGAACGAGUACGACACAAAGAAGCGUACAUAUCAACAACACCACGAUCUACUAGGACACACAAGCUCAAAGUCAUGCGAUAUAACAAAUAUUGGAUUACCAAACAAUCUUGGCCCUCCAUUUAUUCCACCCGAACCCGAACAAACACCACCUAACACCAGACCCGAUAUGAAAAGGAGACGUACGGAUCCUAAUGUGCAUCAACUACAAAUACCUGCAGGUGGACCUGGUGGCUUGGCUGCGCUAGGACUUGAUGUCAAAGGUGCAACCUCGGGUGUCACCCCAUCUGGCAUGAUGGUCCUUCCCGAAGCAAGGAACGACGAGGUCUGGCCACCAGAGGUGGAUGAAGCUUUCUAUGAAGCUCUCGUAACAGUUCCACGCUUAGGAAGACGUAAAGUGAUGGUCCACGGUAAGCCAUGCGGAAGGAACGAACUUAUUGCAAAUUUCAUUCGUAUGCGCACUGGGGCACAGCGAUCACGCAAGCAAGUAUCUUCACAUAUCCAGGUGCUUAAAAAUGUUCGUCGAAAUGACACCAGGUUUAUGUGGUUGGUGUCAGAACCAUCGGCGGAAGAAGAGGCGUCUCUCCAGCCAAUGCUGCUCCAUUACCAACAAAAAAUGGACGAAGGUCCAUUGAAUGGAUUAGAGCCAACGUCUAAGAACGCACAAGAGCCAUACCUUUGCAAUCCAGUAGCACCUGGUCAGCCAAUGCCAUCACCAGCAGCUGUUGGUGCACCACAAUUAUCUCAAGCACCUCAAGCAUCUCAAGGACCUCCAGCAAAACAGCAGCGACAGUCGCUUGAUGGUAGAAGGUCAGCCACGCCAAAGUCAGACAAGUUCGCCGAUCCUUUGUCAACACCCUCAAGACCUGUGAGCGCAACCGGUGAAGGACGCACACGGACACCCAUACACGCACGGGCAAUUGGAAAUGCUUUGGCACACUCGCCAAUGUCACCUAUGUCCAAGCUGCCAUCGGGAGUGGAGGUCGAUAUAAAAGAUUUAGGCAUUUGGGCUAUUGGAAGUCAACAACAGCACACACUUGCUGAUCUCGUCCAACAGAAGCACGAUUACUUGGAUUCUCCAUGUAAAUCUCUGUAUUUGGAAGAUCUGCCUUUAGGUGAAGCGAGAUAUCCUGGCUUGGGAAACAUGUACGACGAGUUACAAUGUCAAUUCUUGCAUGCUAGAAUACAACUAGCAAUACCAGCUGCUGAAGUGUAUUUACCUACAGCAUUUGAUACCAUUUCAACACAUAUGUCCCUUACAGCAAACCAAGACGUUCCUCUCGAAGUCGUCACAAACUUCUACUCAUUCGGCGCACGUGUAUUCGGCUAUGUCGAAGGUUUGGGUAAACCAGCGAUGAGCAACAAGUUUGGUCAAAAAGAAGAAUACAACUAUGAUCUACCAUAUGGGGGUGAAUUCUUCUCAGGCUUUUUAGGAGGUCAAGUCUCUGACAAAGGUGGAGCAAGACCAACUAAAGUUUUCACCAAGUCGUACGAAGAAAGACAAGCCUUUGCAAGCCCAUUGAACGCUUUAUCUAUGGUACAUGAGUUCGUCAUACCAAACUCAAGCGAUCACCACGACGAUGUGUCACCUUUCCCUACAACGAAAUCAUGUAGAGGUGCUGAGAUCGGCCAAGUCGUCCUUGUAGUUGUUUACGACUUUGAGAUUACACCGGAUCACUCGCCGAAUGGAUCAAUCAAACUAUCCAAACUUCACAAGAAAAACCCACCGUCAUCGCAGUUUACGUUUAACGCAAGCAAUAGUUUCAACACACCAGCAUUAUCGUUCCCAUCCUCUUCAGCACCAAACACGACUCCCGGAAUGCCCCUCACACCCGGUGGCUACUCUGCAAAGAACAGAUACGGGUUGUCAAUUGGGAUACCACAAAUGUCACAGAUAACAGCAUCUGCUAUAUCACCAUCAACGGCCGCGAGUACGCAACAAGGAAAUCCGUCAACUAGCACGGGUAAUGAGUUUGAUGCAUCACAGUUCGCUUUCCACCAAGUUCCUCAAUCUGCACCAGCGCAUCACACCAAUUUUCACACUUUAGGAUUACACAACGGCGAGAACGAUGGAUCUGGAUGGCCAUUCAAUGAAAGGAUUGAAGAUGAAGAUGAAAGCAAGACGUUUUUUACGCAUUUCGACGAUAAUGAUAGCGGAGAGCAUGAUGAUAAGUCGCAUCAUCAAUGGAAUACGUUCAACAUGGAUCCUAUUCAAGCAUUGAAUGAUGUAGAGAAUAGCUUGAAUGAUGUCGUUCCUCAAUCAGCCCCAGCGCUUUCCUCUUCCUUCCAUAAAUCACUCGAAGAUCAUGAAGCAGCAUCACCUUCAAGCCUCUUGGCAAACUUCAUUGAAUUCGAAGACCAAAAUCAACCACCUCAAUUAACAUCAAACGCGCAUCAAAACAAUUAA